CCCGUCCCCAUUUCAGUUCGUUUCCUAUCUCAGACCUAGUUAGACCUCAGUCCUCGAUUUUGGGUAAUCUCCCGGCGGUAACCGAAAAAAUACGAUAAUAAAAACCCUAAAGUUCCAAGAUGUGUGGUGGCUGGGCUUGCGCUUCCUACAGUUUGGCCUGCUGCAAUGGUCGGUUGUCGACACUGCGCUUCACGGGACGGUGCUUCACCCCGACGCCAUGCGGAGCCUGCGACGACUGCUCGGCCUGUUGUGGGGGCGGAUGCUGUGGCGGCGGGUGCUGUGGAGGCGGUUGCUGCUGGUAGAGCUUGCUCAGAAUCGAGUGGCCUUGAAUAUGUAUUCUAUCAGGCAUACAACAAUGACGACUGGUCCUAGGCUGAAUGGGGCAGUCUCAGUUUAGUCGUUGUCAUCGUAACAU